AUGUUGGGUGGCAGUGCAGUCAAACCUGGUUCAGAAAGUGCCGACACUGUCAGCACUUUGUCCAGAGGACCUCCAUGGUGGGUGGCAGUGCAGCCAGACCUGGUUCAGAAAGUGCCGACACUGUCGGCACUUUGUCCAGAGGACCUCCAUAUGGGUGGCAGUGCAGUCAGACCUGGUCCAGAAAGUGCCGACAGUGUCAGCACUUUGCCCAGAGGACCUUCAUGGAGGGUGGCAGUGCAGUCAAACCUGGUCCAGAAAGUGCCGACAGUGUCAGCACUUUGUCAGAGGACCUCCAUAGUGGGAGGCAGUGCAGUCAAACCUCAUCCAGAAAGUGCCGACCUGUCAGCACUUUGCUCAGAGGACCUCCAUAUGGACCUCCAUAUGGGUGGUAGUGCAGUUAGACCUGGUCCAGAAAGUGCCAACAGUGUCAGCACUUUGCUGUGUAAGACCUCCAAUCAACAUCAGCACCUCCAAAGUCUGACCCCCAAGGUCGAGCAUCCAAUGAGCAUCCCAGUCCAAAAAGCAUCCUAUAACCCAACCUCCUAUGUGGAGCGGGGGAUGCCAUUUGACCGAAUGAAGCACAAACUCACAUCCAAUGAUCCUGACUUGCAACCACCAACUGAUCUCCGACUGGAGAAUUAUUGGACCAUCAACUUUUCUGGAAUUGCACAGGAGAAACGGACUGGAAGAGCUGUUUUCGAGAAGAUUCUCACCCCCCUUGUGGACACAUGGGUUGAUCCGGAAUUGGUAGACAAACUCAGGCGCAAUUUGGUCAUCUUCAAACCUGAGGUCCUUCAGCGGACAUAUCUUUGGACCACAUACCCUCUCUUCUGGGCCAUAGAUCACAUCUACCAAUCUGAAGUCCAACGCAAGAGAGAGGGACGUCCAGCAAACUUGCUGCUGCGAGAGCUGCUUUCAGCACUGGAACGAGCUGGUAGCUUUGGGUUCUGUGGUGCAGGAAGGGUGCUGUCCACAUAUGUGAUGGACCCUCUUUUGCUUUCUGUCGGAAUCAAGGAAACUGGAUUCCCAUGUCUGAGUGACAUGGUGGGGAUCCACCUUGAACGAAUGGAAAAGAUUGAUGUCGAUGCAUCCAGAUGGCCAAAAGAUGCUGCAGGAGUCCCACGCUUCGCAUCAAAGCGUGUUGUUCUGUACAACUACUCUCAGGCCACAUAUGAUCGUAUGAAAGCCACCUGCUUCAUUGAGCAUAUCCGCCUUGGUCUUCACACCACCGAACAUCUCCCCACCUCCCUCCCAAGGGAGGAGAAAAUCCUUCAGUCACUAGCCAGUUAUGUGGUUGAAACGCUUGAGACAGAUGCCCUCUAUGAAAUUGAGAAGGGAAUCAAGAAAUCCCUGAAUGCAAGCUAUGCAACUGCAGACCGAGAUGACCGACGUCGCCUCAAUAUCCAAGCUGAUGCACUCAAGGAACUCUUGUCCAGGGCACACCCCUUUGACAAUUCUAAAGUGGCCACAGAGUGCCAGAUUCUCACACUCGCCACCUCCUCUCAAGCCAUACACUCAAUUUUGAAGAACCUGCCCCGCAUUGAUGUCUAUGAAUGGGUCCGUGGCUUGUAUGCAAUGGUCACACCGCCUGACCUUGUUCAAAAAUCAUCAUCAACAAGGAAGGGCCUUGGAGCACCCUUCUUUCGACAAGGGUCUGCUGCGGAAGUCUGCACUCAAGUCUUCCAGGCAUUGCGAGACCUUUGCCCACACACAUCAUCCUCACAAGGGCAACAGGAGUUCUGCAUUGAGGCUGUUGUCUUUCAGAUGGAUUCAAGACGGAUGUAUCGAUAUCCACAUUCCACCAUGUUUCCCACAGGGAGGUCAAGUCAAUGGGCACAGUAUGAUUCAUGGGCGGACUUGAUAUACCCCAGCAGGAAUGCAAGACGACCUGAUCUGGGAACCAUGUCUGAUCCAGAUUGCCUUGCAGCCUCCAUUGCCAGCACCCAGAUUACAGAGGGAAACCCACAGGCAUCAUGGCACUGGAUUGAUGCAAGGCUUGGUGACCUUACAUGGGUCAUCAAACGUUCUCGACUUCCACUUGACUGGAUCCAGCAAGACAUCUUGAAGGACCCGAUGUCUCAGGAGCUCACAAAUUGGGUCACCGAGAGCUAUGAUAUGUCGGAUGCAAGAUUCCACAUCAGCCUCAUUGCUGCAUUCAUCCUCACUGCAUGGGCUCCCUUCCAUCGGGUCAAACACAAUGAAGAGAAGAUUCCAGUGGAACGGGCAAAGGGUGCAAACAUGGUUGAAUAUGCCAACAGCCUUGUAUGGGACCGUGAAUAUGGGAAGACUCAAUCAGGGUGGAAAGCAAAGCCACCACUCUUCCACCUCUGGUUGAUAUACAUUUGCGGUAUUUUGUCCAUCAAACUGGCCUCCCGUACUGCUGAGCAAGGAAAAAAUGCGGAGAUGAUGACCACGUUCAACACCAAGCUCCAGAGGAAAGGGGUCACCAUUGCUGUCCUUGCCCGACUCCACCUGGUAGAGGCCUGCAAACCUAAUGCAUUCAAGCCUGGAAGUCGCUAUCAGAUGGACUGGAGGCGCCAUCCAAAGGAGGUAUUGGAGUCUAGGCUUGCGACCAUUUCCAAGCACCUAGCCCAACCUCCACACAUGUGCCCUGUGUUCUGUGCAGUGCGAUAUUUCUUGGGUGAUGAGUGCCGUUCCCUUCACAUUGUGGAGUCUUUCCGAGUACCACCCAUGAAGGAGCGAGUGCCCUCCACUUCUUUGGCACACAAAGCUUCAGAGGCAUCCCUCCGUGCUGAUUCUGAGUCAUCAGAAGAUGAAGCAGAGAAUCCUGGGCUGAGUGCUCGUCCUAGGAAACGUUGCCAGGUUCUGUAG